AUUGCCGACUAUUUCCAUAUAUAAAUUCUGAGAGUUUUUGUCAAUUCUGUUUUCCCCGUCUGGUUAGCAAAUACAACAAACAAUGAACAAAGGAGAAAACUCAGAUCCCCUCCCUAUUGAUCUCAUUCUUGACAUACUCUCGAGAUUGCCUGCAAAAUCAACCGAUAGGUUUCGCUGCGUGUCAAAGCUAUGGGAGUCCAUGCUUCGCAAGCCAUAUUUCACCGAGUUGUUCUUUACCAGAUCCUCGGCUCGUCGUCCACGUCUCUUAAUCAGGAUCUACCAAGACGGUGAGCAUUUUUUAUUCUCGUCGUCUCAGCCUCAGAAUCCAUAUGAGAAGUCUUCAUCUGUUGUAUACGCCGAUUAUCAAAUGAAGUUCGGUAGAGACACAUGCUACGAUUGUAAGUAUGUUCAUUAUAUUCUGACAUUGGGAACUGAAAACAUGAGAUGGAGGAAGAUCCAAACUCCCUUGAUCAGCCAUCAUUUACGGGGUGAAGAGAUAUGCAUUAGUGGGGUUUUGUAUUACCUAGCUUACGAUAAUGAUGAUAGGAUAUAUGUUAUAGGUUGUUUUGAUGUUAGGUCUGAGGAAUUCAAAUUUCUAAAUCUACACCCAAACCUCCCUUAUCAAGCCUCUACUAGAUUGGUAAACUGUAAGGGUAAACUAGGUGUGAUCAAUUUGAAUGAUGAUGGUCGAUUUUGCCUUCGGUUAUUUUUGACGGUUCUAGAGGAUGUGGAGAAACAGCAAUGGUCGACAUAUGCCUACACUUUGAGGGAUGAUAAUAUAGUCGUCAAGGGUGGCAGUUAUGUUUCCGUUGUUGGGAUGACUGCUUUAGGUGAAAUUGUUUUGGCCACGACAACGGCAUGUCAACCGUUUUAUGUUUUCUACUUCGAUCCCGAAAGGAACACUCAUCUAAGAGUUGAAAUCCAUGGUGUUGGAGAAGACUAUAGAUGGUUUCACUCUCAUACAGUUUGCGCUUUUGUAGACCAUGUGGAGGAUCUUCAGUUUAAUAUUAUGAAGGCAACAUCUAUAAACCCAACAGAACAGAAGCAUAGACCAAGGAGCACAUCAACAUCAUUUAGAGAAGAUCUUCAAUUGAGGACCGUUGCUCAGCGGGGACAAGAUCGUCGUACGUUUGAGAGUAAUAACAAUUUUGAUGCUCUGUCUCUUUUAGAGGAUGAUUAAAGUCAUCUAGAAAAUAUCAUCAUGUGAGAGAAGAAGCC